AUGGAUCUCAAAGGAGGUAAAGGAACAUACAAAUGGAAGGAGACUGGCACAAUCUAUGAUGGAGAUUGGAAGAAAGGAAAAAGAAAUGGUUUUGGUACAUACAGUAGACCUGACACCAAAAAGAAAGGAGCAUUUGUUAAAGAAUAUUCUGGUGGCUGGAAAAAUGACAUGAGACAUGUACAAAUUUCUCUCCUUACAGCAAAUGAAAACAGAUACGAGGGUUCAUGGCGUGAUGAUAAAAAGAACGGACCUGGGAAAUUUUAUUACCUCACCCAUGGACAAUUGUAUGAAGGUGUUUGGGUAGAUGAUAUAGCCAAUUGUGGUACCAUGAAAGAUUUUGACAGAAACAGUGCCCCAGAACCCACACAGUACCCUAUACCAAAGGUGGAAUUAGCUAGUACAGAAGCCGUGUUACAGGAAAGUGAAGAACAAUUUUUACAUGAUCAAGAGUAGUUUUAAUAUCCGAAAUAAUAUUAAUUUGUUAUUGCAAUUAUUUUCAUUUAUUUCUCAUACUGGUUACUGACUUUGUGUUAAUUUUGAAUUUAGCGAAAUUAAUAAUUAAAAAAGUAAUCAGGUUUUUAUUGUAAUUUAUUAUGUUACAUUUAAAUUUAAUAAAUUGUUUUAUCUUGCGAAUGAACUUUUGAUUUAGGAUUUAAAAUUUGACAUCAGACAAAUAUUGAUAGAGCUGUAAGACAAAAAAAUAUGGGCAUCUUUCAUGAUUCAGAAAAAAGCAAGAAAAAACAAAAGAUUGUAAAUAUUUCAAAUUGUUAUUUUACAAAUUCACUUUCUUAUUAAAGGUCUAAACAAAAAUUCUGAAAUAUUAACCAUGAAAAGCAGCAUUAAAGCUUCAAUAUUUUUUAUAAUAAAGAAUAAUUUAAAUGGGUUCUGACUGUAUCAGUGAGAAUUGCUUUACAUUAAAUCAUUAAUUUACUGCCAAAAUACUUCAUAAAUUUGCUUCUAUAAAGUAUAAUUUUGUUUUUAAAAAGUUUUCAGUUCCAAUAUAUUGGUACAUUAUUUUAGGUUUGUUAAAUUAGAGUCUCUAGAAUAAUGUGUACAUUUGUGUAUAAAUUCUUUUCUCGAGUUACAUGUAAUAAAUAAAAGUACAUUCUAACAACCUGGGACACACUUUUAAGUGUUUGAAACAUUUGACAUGAAAAGUAUGUUAGUGAAGUGAAUGAAUACUUACAUAAAGGUGUUAUUGUGUCAAAUAAUUCUGUUUAUUUUUUACUCAUAUAACUAAUUCAUAUAAAAUCCAUGUAUAUUGAUUUUAUUGAAAAUAACAUUUUUUUAAGUAAUACAAUUACAUAAUUGUUGUUAAAAAAGAGAUAUACAUGUAGUUUUAAAUAGUUAUCUACAUGAAUAUCCAAGGGUAAAUGAGCAUUUUAUAGAAAUCAUGGUACACAGUCUAUGUAUUUAAUAGUACAUGUACCUAUAUCAGACUGGUAUCUAUAAAAAAAAUUGUAAGUUAUUUGAAAUACAAUCUUUUUUACAACUACUUACAUUUCGGGCUUUUGAUAUAAAUUAUCGUGUUCCUUCUCAGAUGUAUACUAGUAUAUGUUUAUUGGAAAGAGAGAAAUAUAAAUGAUUAUUGUUUAGUGAUAAAAUAUUAUCAUUAUAUGUGUUGUUACCAUUUAUAUGUGCAAAAAAUAAAAUAAAUAUUGCACUGAAAUAAAAGGUAAACAGUUA